AGCCUUGGCUAGUGGCUUAACCUUUCUGUGCUUCCGCCUUCCUCCCCUGCGAAACCGGCCGAAUGACGCCGCCGCUCAACCUCGGAGGCCUUGUGUGAAACUGAGAAGCGCUUAGAACAGUGCACGGCCCCUGAAUGCGAUUUGUGGUUAUUACAGUUAACGUUUGGUAGUGGACAAGCGCAGGGCCACUCAACUAUCUCCGUUAAUUCCUCCCAGUCUCCUUUCCCUGUGCAUCGUAUUUACAGACGACCUAAUAGAGGCUCAGGGAGGGAAGGCCAUUUGUCACAGCGAGACCAAGAGAGCCAUACUUUGAACGCUUAUCGGUGCCAGGCGCCAUACCUGGGCUAGGAAGCCUUCCUCAGGGGGCCCCGGUACUCCUGGUGGCGCUAAGAUGAAAGGAAGAAGGACGCAAGGUGGAAGAGUGGUUGAGUCCCGAUACCUGCAGUACGAGAAGAAAACCACCAAAAAGGCUUCUGCAGCAGAUGCAUCGAAGACCAGUGGGAAGAUGCCUGACGGUGCAAGGAGAGUCCACUUGCUCCAGAAGAGCAAAGACAGCAGUGGAGUCGGGAAGGGCGACCUGCAGUCCACGUUGCUGGAAGGGCACGGCACCGCCCCGCCUGACCUGGACCUCUCGGCCAUCAAUGACAAAAGCAUGGUUAGAAGGACCCCGCAGUUAGAAAAAACGAUGUCAAAGAAAACCGAGCCAACGUCCUUUUCAGCUUCACAGAAGAAGAGCCCAGACCCAUCUGAGGCGAUGGAAAUGAUGGAAUCCCAGACAUUGCUCCUGACUCUGCUGGCCGUAAAGAUGGAGAACAACCUCGUUCCAUUCGAAGAGAAGGCGGAAAGGAAUCUGUUAAUAAUGUGCAAAGAGACGGAGAAGCUGCAGACCAAGGCCUACGAGCUGAAGCGCAGACUUCUCCUCUGUCAGAGGAAGCGGGAGCUGGCAGACGUCCUAGACGCCCAGAUCGAGAUGCUUGGCCCCUAUGAGGCUCUGGCUGAGCGCUUCAAGGAGCAGUACAAGACAUUCGCGACGGCCUUGGACGCCACGAGGCAUGAACUUCCGGUGAAGUCCAUCCACCUGGACGGGGAUGGGCAGCAGUUCUUAGACGGUUUGCAGCGCGAAUUGACGACCACACGCCAUCUGCUGGGAGAACUUGGGAUUGGCAGUUUAGAAGAAAACUUGAAAGCUCUGUGCCUGCUGAGCGAACUCAGGGAAAUGACCCAAAAGAAGGAUCUGGAGCUCCGCAGGAGCUUUGCCCAGGUGCUGGAACUCUCCGCCGAGGCCAGUAAAGAGGCAUCCUUGAUCAACCAGGAGGCCUGGGAAGAGACCCAGGGCCUCAGGGCCUCCAGCCAGUGGUAUUUCAGUCGAGAAGGCACCUGCGGGGAGCCUCCGGGGGACGUCAGGCCCCCCGCUUCUGCUGGGUGCCAGUGAGCCCUGUCCCGCGUGACCCUAUGCGCACGCCGUGUCCCCCGACACAAGCGGGGACCUCUGCACACCGUCCGGAAGAAAGCCCGUCCUGUACCCCGGGUUCGGCACACGCCUGCCGCGAGGGCGCGAGCGUGAUGCUCCGGGAACUUCAGCACUUUAGAUGCUAACUCAGCAGCGUAGCUAUUUUGUAUGAGCGGAUCGCGUGAUGUUCAAAAAAUAAAACUUGUGCAGCCGA